CACCCGAGCUUUGCGACAAGUGGGUGAUCUCCAGCCUGUGCAUUUCUAUUUUUUGACAAUUCCCCCAUCACGGAAACCAAGUCGAGACCACAGGAUUCUCUUGCGACUAUCGUCUUAGUCUUCACACCGGAAAUAUCUCUACUUGCGCAACAUUCCGAAUCUUGACGGACUUUUGUCGGAAAGCUCCCCGGGAAGCUCGAAGCCGCUGUUUACCCUCCUCCCAAGCCGAUACAUCUACUACACCUGGGCCACCGCCCCAAGUGCAAUGACCACGUGCAAUUAAAUGUCGUGGCCCAAUGAUCAAAACUCUCGGAGGCGCGGGGUAUGGAGCCAUUGGGUGCCGCUUGCGGUCACAGUGACUGUUGCGACGGUCGGUUUGGCCGCUUGGGUCUGGAGCCAACGCAAGGACGAAGACGAGACGCCCGAGAGCGAGCAGUACCCCGACCUCGACUAUGACAAUGCCGACUACGGCGACAAUCCCGCAUACGGCACUGCUAAAGGGCCGAAGCCUCCCCCGAGCAACGUGGGGACCGAAACAUACGGCACCACCGACGCAUCCCGAGACCCGACGGCCGAUGGAUGGGGUGCUCGCAUGUCGGGCGCAUUGAGGCGCACACCCAGCCCGCAGCAGUUCUUUGAGUCGGCUGGAAAGACCGUCACCGCAGGCGUCGCCGCCGCGGGUGCUGUUGCCGGCCGGGCUCUGGCGGCCAUCCGCGAGGAGGACAAGAACGCGUACGCUGACCACGAGACUUGGUCCGAGGAGGCAGACGCCAGAAAGGACCGCGCACCGGGGCCAAGAGACCCGAGCAAACGAAGGAGGACAGUUGCUGUGGUUGUUUCGGCCGAUGGCCAUGCAGACGAUUUUGAUGAUGAUGGCUUCCAUGAACACGCUUCCAUCUUGUCGCACAUCCCGCGCUACAAUGACUUCAACAACAUCAAGCUCUUCGUGUUGAUCUAUGCGCCUGGUCUUAAGGAGACUGCUGGCGAAUCUACGAGUAACCUUCCGCCACCUUCGCUGAGCUCGUCCUUCUCUAACAUUGAGCACCACCAAGCCCAAACUCCUGGCGAAGAGUCUUCCAAGAGCCCCACGGUGCAGGCCUCAUCCGGCAACCCCGCCUUCAAUGCCGUCUACUCCCAGGCGUUGGCUUUGGUCGAGAAGGAGACUAUGGUCAUGCCUUUCACGACGCCCAACGGCCACAACCACAUCCUUCGCCAUCUGCAGCCCGAGAUCAUCUAUCUGCAGGAGAGCCUGGCGGGCGAGAACGGCGGCGUCGUCUCCAACCUGCAAACGUGGCUGCGUCACGACAUCAUCCUGGUCGUCGGUGCCGAGAGCGGCCACGGCGGCCUCGCCGAUAGCGAGUCGGAGGCUGAGAGACCUGAUAAGGAAGAGAAGUGGUGGCAGCGAACUGACCGUGUCGGACGGGGCCGGGGCGUUGUUGUGGUUGACGGCAUGCGGGUCCACGAUGACUGGGCCCGGCGUGUCCAGGGCAAGGAGUAAAUACCACCUCUGCUGUACAAAGGAUGGAUGGCCCUGAGGGCCCGAACACUUUCAUGUGUGGAUUCCUAUGUCUACUCGGAGGUCCUGGUCGAUGCGGUAUCGUGUGUUUUUUGUUUGGGACUGUAUGUAGAUACCACGAGAUAUCAUGUGACGUUUUCAUGAGGAAGGUAAUUGCCAUUGCGGAGCUUGCGAAGCAAGAAAUGUCCGGGUAGCGAGGGAGCCCCUGGGCUCAAUGAUCAUUAGUUUUCUUCCUGUUUUUAAAUUCUGUAC